AUGGACAACAACGACACUUCCAACGACAUCAUCCGUGAUGCCAUACGCAAAUCAAUUUCCUUCGGUAUGCGCGAGCGUGUCUACGACCAAGCACAAAUGAAAGCCUUGGAAAGUAACAAAGUGAUUGUUAUCUUCGGAGCCGGACGAUUUUCCGAAUGGAGAGAAAUGGCCUUGGGUCCAUUCUCAUAUAUUGCCAUUGAUCCAAAUAUUGAUACCUCACGACUGAACAAAUGGGGAAGUGGUUUUCAUGUGACACCCUACAAUUUUUCGGAAAGCUUUGACUCCCAAAUGGAGGCCGCAUCUCGCAGGCCAUCCACCGUCCUCUGGGCCAGAUGCACAAGUGAAGAUUUUCUAAGCAAAAGCUGCCGUCUUACUACAAUGGCGUCACUCGGUGUACCUGCGGUUUUUCCGUUCAGUGUUUCAUACCAUGUCACUGUCAUCAACAGACUCGUCGAGGCAAACGUCUCGGUCUACGGGUGUGGUUAUGUCCAUGAUGAUAUGCCCGCGGCUGGUGUAGGCUACUCCCGCGCAUCGAUGACACCCCGAUUUGAUCUUGAAGGCCGAAUGAUAGAUGUGACUGCUGCAGUUGGGAAAUCAGUAUACAUAGAGCCGGUACUAUUCACCGAUUCGGUCCCUGGUAUUGUUUGGGUUAAGGAAUCGGCCCCAGAUUUGUGGCAGGAGAUGGACGAGAAAACAGAUGCUUUGAUGAGAAGGGCGGUUUUUAUGUUCUCGCCGGUUCGGUAA